AGAUUGGAGACCCGGGACACGACGUGAGGUAGCUACAUAACCGUUACCGGACUGUUGAAUGCAGAUCCUGAGUCCCGACAGUUCGUUUUGAUCUGCUACAUCGCCCUGGGUCCCAGAUUCAGAAUCCGAUAUGACUCAAAAAUCCAAACGAGGUCCAGCCCAGGGCCCCAAUCCGAAGGCCGUACAGAACGGCGAGGUUUUACAGCGGCUAAACUUUUUACAUCAAGCGGCCAAUUAUCUAGCAACCGUGACAUCGACAACGGCCAACCCGAGCGAACCAGACCGAGUUCAAGUUUCUCAAAACGAUGUCAAACAGAAUGAUUCAAACGAAGAAUAUCAGAGGGACCUACGGAGCCAAUCAAAGAGGCGAAAGAAACAGAAUAAAAGGAAUCCUCAGCCCUGUCGCCCUAUAGCCAAUCUACCAAUGCUCGGAUUGAGUCGAACACUGUCCAAGACAAUGAAAGUGAUCUCCAAGAAGGCUGUUCUUCGAAUGGACCCAUCGGUGAAACGAAGUAUCUGUCGCUCAUGUCAUCUGUUGCUCAUACCCGGAUACACAUCAUCAACACGGCUCCUUCGCUCAAGCUCUCACCGACACAAAGUCAAUGUCACUUGCUCAGCCUGCCAGCAUCAGCGGCAAAUCCCUCAUCCUCCAGAAUCGAAUAUCACUCCAGAGCACACAAACACUCCUGACCAAUCACGGGAAAAAUCCAAAAAGCGACGGGAGCGAGCAAUACCCUUUUGGAGACAACCCCAACAUGUCACUUUUGCCGCCCAAGCUGUGGUUGAAGGGAGUAUGUAAAAGAGCAGCAUUAUUAUGGCCAAUCAAUGUGGAUCAGUUAUUUGAUUUGCCAGCUUUCUGCGUGGUCAUGUUCGCUACCGUAACAUUGCUCUAUGUGAUAGAAACGGUCCCACAGGAUUGGUCAAGGAAUGAAACCAGUUUUUCCCCCAUCAAAAUCUGAUUCAAGGAUCAUUCGGUGACAAAUAGCGAUAUGAAGGGCGACAUCCCGCUUAAAAUAAUGGCCAA